GGCCUUGGUUUUCCUCGAAGCUGCAUCUCGAGACCAUUCCUCCCUUCCUCACUUCGUACGCCAUCCCUUACACGUCCGCCCUUCAGCAAUUACGGCCCAGUCCCUCGAGACUUCGCACCAGGUAAUUGCCCCUCACUCGAGGUUGGAAGAGCACCGCCGUCCCAACUUGAUUUCUUCAUCUCUCCGCAUUCGGCCACCCACAAAACUCGCGAGCACCAGUUGCAGGACUUUUCUGACGGUCUGAAAAGGGAAAAGAGUAGAAAACCAAACAAGAACUGAAGAUAGAGGAAAAGGCCGCCCACUCACCAGCAACAUGUCUGCGAAGAGCAUCCUCGAGGCCGAUGGCAAGGCCAUCAUCAACUACCACCUCACCCGUGCUCCGGUGAUUAAGCCGAGCCCGCUGCCUCCCCCGACGAAGCACAACCCGCCUCCCAGGCUCGCCUCCCUUCACUUCCCCGAGGACGCCGACGUCAACGCCGUCCUGGACCAGGCCGAGAUCACAUACCCGUGGCUGCUGCACGCGGACGCCAAGUUCGUUGCGAAGCCAGACCAGCUCAUUAAACGCCGUGGCAAGAGCGGCCUUCUCGCGCUCAACAAGACUUGGGCCGAGGCAAGAGCGUGGAUUGCGGAGCGUGCCGGCAAGGUGCAGAAGGUUGAGCACACAGAGGGCGUCCUCCGGCAGUUCCUCGUCGAACCCUUCGUACCGCAUCCCGCUGACACCGAGUACUACAUCAACAUCAACUCGGUUCGCGAUGGCGACUGGAUCCUCUUCACCCACGAGGGUGGUGUUGACGUUGGCGAUGUCGAUUCCAAAGCCGAGAAGUUGCUCAUUCCUGUCGACCUCACACAAUACCCUUCAAACGAGGAAAUUGCUGCCACUCUCCUGAAGAACGUUCCCAAGGGCGUCCACAAUGUCCUCGUUGACUUUAUCACCCGCCUCUACGCUGUCUAUGUGGACUGCCAAUUCACCUACCUCGAGAUCAACCCUCUGGUUGUGAUCCCCAACGAGGAUGCCACCUCCGCGACAGUGCACUUCCUCGAUCUGGCUGCCAAGUUGGAUCAAACAGCAGACUUUGAGUGUGGUUCGAAGUGGGCUAUUGCGAGGUCGCCGUCCGCUCUGGGCAUCACUGCCCCGACUACCAGCAACGGCACCAUCAAUGUCGAUGCCGGCCCUCCGAUCGAGUUCCCGGCUCCCUUUGGCCGUGAGCUGUCCAAAGAGGAGGCUUACAUUGCUGAGCUUGAUGCCAAGACUGGCGCCUCACUUAAGCUGACGGUUCUGAACCCCAACGGCAGAAUCUGGACCCUGGUUGCGGGUGGUGGUGCGUCGGUCGUCUACGCCGAUGCCAUCGCUUCGGCCGGCUUUGCCGAUGAGCUUGCCAACUACGGCGAGUACUCUGGUGCUCCCACUGAGUCCCAGACAUACCACUAUGCCCGGACUGUGCUCGACCUAAUGCUCCGGGCCCCGAUGAACCCCAAGGGCAAGGUUCUUUUCAUUGGUGGCGGUAUCGCCAACUUCACCAACGUCGCCAGCACCUUCAAGGGCGUUAUCAAGGCGCUCCGGGAGUACGCUAACACCCUCAACGAGCACAACGUCCAAAUCUGGGUCCGCCGCGCUGGCCCAAAUUACCAGGAGGGUCUCAAGAACAUGAAGGCGGCUACUCAGGAGCUCGGCCUCAACGCCAAGAUCUUUGGUCCUGAGAUGCACGUGUCCGGCAUCGUGCCCUUGGCUCUGAUCCCGGGCAAGUGGGAGGAGAGCAAGGCUGAGGAGUUCAAGGGUUAAAAAACGGUUAUCUUAGCGAAGCAUGACGUUAUUCA